GCCGCCGGCCCUCCCCGACCGCGCAUGCGGCUGUGCCGGGCCGGGGCAGCGCCGCCGCGCUCGGGGGUUGAAGUGUGGGUGUCCCUUCCCCCGUCCCCCUCCCCGGCGGGCCGCCGUCAGCGCCCCCGCAGAUGGGCUUAGGCUGGAGCAGCGCGGAGGAGCGGCAGCCCCUCCUGCCGCCGCCGCCACAGCAGCAGCAGCAGCAACGGCGGCGGCCGGUGCCGGGAGGGCCGGCGGGGGGCCCGGUGGUGCCGGCGGCGGUGCCGGUGCGGCGUCUGGCGCCGUUGUCGGGCCGCGUCUACGGGCGGCGGUGGCUGGUGCUGCUGCUCUUCUCGCUGCUGGGCUUUGCGCAGGGCCUGGUGUGGAACAGCUGGGGCCCCAUCCAGAACUCGGCCCGCCUGGCCUUCGGCUUCAGCGGCUGGGACAUCGCCCUGCUCGUCUUCUGGGGGCCCAUCGGCUUCGCGCCCUGCUUCUUCUUCAUGUGGCUCAUGGACAAGAAGGGUCUGAGGGUGACUGUGUUACUAACAUCAUCCCUCAUGGUAUUGGGAGCUGGCCUGAGAUGUGUUCCAGUUUCGGACCUAGAAAUUAGGAAGAAGCUGAUUCAUGGAGGGCAGCUGUUAAAUGGCUUGGCGGGGCCAACUGUGAUGAAUGCGGCACCAUUUCUUUCCACGACGUGGUUUUCUCCAGAUGAACGUGCCACGGCAACAGCCAUCGCGUCGCUGCUCAAUUACCUGGGCGCUGCCGGCGCCUUUCUAGUGGGACCUCUUGUAGUGCCAUCGCCUAAUGGAACAUCUCACCUCUCACUGCUAUCGCAGAGCAACACUGAGCACAUCAAGGACCGCAUUGAGGCUGUGUUGUAUGCAGAAUUUGGAAUGGUUUCCCUGAUAUUUUCCGCAGCGUUGGCCUACUUCCCCUCGCGCCCGCCAUUCCCUCCCAGCGUGGCUGCGGCGAGUCAACGGCUCAGCUACAGGAGAAGCUUUUGCAGACUCUUAAGCAAUUUCCGCUUCUUGAUGAUUGCUUUAGCCUAUGCUAUACCACUGGGUGUUUUCUCUGGCUGGUCUGGUGUUCUGGAUUUGAUAUUAACGCCAGUUCACGUAAGCCAAGUAGAUGCAGGCUGGAUUGGAUUUUGGUCUAUAGUUGGAGGUUGUGUGGUUGGCAUAGCAAUGGCAAGGUUUGCAGAUUUUAUCAGGGGCAUGCUGAAGUUUAUACUGCUGCUGCUUUUAUCUGGAGCAACAUUAGCAUCAACCUGGUUCACUCUCACCUGUCUAACUAGUGUCACUCAUCUGCCUUUAACCACAGCUACACUGUACACAUCCUGCAUCUUGUUGGGUAUAUUCCUCAACAGCAGCGUACCAAUAUUCUUUGAGCUCUUUGUGGAAACAGUCUACCCUGUUCCAGAAGGAAUUACCUGUGGAGUUGUCACCUUUUUGAGUAACGUGUUUAUGGGAGUGCUUUUGUUUUUCCUCACGUUUUACCAUACAGAGUUUUCCUGGUUCAACUGGUGCCUGCCGGGAUCGUGUCUGCUCAGCCUGCUCCUCAUCCUCUGCUUCCGCGAGUCCUACGACAGACUCUAUCUCGAUGUCGUCGUCUCUGUGUGAUAACGCCGGGGUGGUGAGAGGUUGGGAGAGACUGGAAGUCAGCUUUGCAGGCUGCACAUCUGCCUGGAUUUGCACGGCUGAACAGCGGAAAAACAAAGAAAUUACAAGACUUAAUCGUGGCUUUAUUAGGGAGGGUGAGGGACAGGCUGUUCUUACGCUCAAGACCACCUUGAUUUGCGAUAAACGUGGAACUUGAGUGGUGAUAAUGAUGCCGAAAUGCACAAAGAGGGUAUAUCUGGUGUACAGGUCCCGGUGCCAGAGCUGGGACUCUCUAUUUAAAAGGCUGUCGAUGUAGCAGUGAGGUGUACAGUUGUGUGAGUGUGUGUGUGUGUGUGUGUGUGUGAACUCAAGGUUGUACACACCGGGGUACCAGUAAUCUUCAGUCUUCUAUCAGAAUAGAAAUAGUGAAUAAUCUUAACAAAAGGAAAAAAAAAAAAAGAUAAAAGAAAAUCUUUUUUUAAAAAAAUCUCUCUUUUAAAUCGCUAGUCAUUUAUAUAAUGAAUGUCCAUUAAACAGUUAAGCUAAAACGAUUUGGUGCUUGUACACUACAUUUACAUUCUAAUAAAGUGAUUUCUGAUAUAAGACGCUGGUACCAGGGUUUUUAGCCAUACUAAAUAUCCCAAACAGUCCUUGGAGUGUUGUUAGAGGUGUUUGUUGUCACCCUGGAGCACACGAUAGCUUUAGCUGCCACUGAAACCCAACUUGCACCCACAGUCACCUCUGAAAUACCACCGUGGUCCUGUAUCUCCUGCACACGGAGCAUCCGUGGUAUCUCAGAAGUUUACUGGAGCCUCACUCUUGGUAAAUGUUGCUGUUUUAAAGGCCACCACUGUGUCACCUUUUCAUCCCCCGUCUCCAGUACGGCCUUUUUUAAUGUGACGACCUGUUUGUGCCACUGAAUAAUGUGGGUGUGGAUGUCCAAGUCCCACUAGUUCUCUUCUGAUACAAUAAGGUGUGCGUGGUUUUUAGGAUUAGUUUAUGAUUGAGGGUGCCUAAACAAGAUUGUUUGUUAACUCAAGUCUUUAAAAUCACCGUUUCCUAAAAAAAAAAAAUCUUUCUAGUUGAUGAGGUGCCCUGAUGGCGAAAUGACAAUGAGUUUGGCAAUGAGAAAUAACUCAUGAGUUUUGGCAUAAUAUGGGAAAUAUAACGCCAGCUCUUUUUAUCAGUACUAAUCGGUGGUCGUUCUGGCCCUUACUUGAACAUAAAUAUUAAAGACACUUUGAAUAAUUUUUUAACUCAAUUUUAAACCUGCUAAUAAUUUCUUAAUUAUAUUUUUUAGAUUUCAGUUCAGCAUUAUUUACAGUAUUUCUGUGUGUGUGUUCUGUGCUUUGUGUUAGGGGCGUGUGUUUGUGUGCCUGCGUGCGUAUUUAUAUCUAUGUAUACACAAAUAAAACUUAUAUAUAUAUAUCUUUUAUAUAUAAGUUAUAUAAGGGUAUGUGUUUACAUAGGUUUAUUUUAGGCAAUCCUGUCUCUGGACGGUGGUAUGCCACUGUUUGUAACUAAACCAUUCACUGCUGGGAAUGGAAGCGCAUACAUACGCUGUCUGUGACAUGAAUGUUUUUUUCGGGGGGUGAGUGAUUUCCCACCGUGGCGGUUCCACGGCAGGGGUUGUGGUGCGGUCGCGUGUCGGAGGCGGACGGUGUUGCAGGGUUGUGCGUCCGUAGGAGUCUGAAUCAACGGCCCUUUGCUCCCCUGGGGGGCUCUUCGCCGCCGCCCCGGGGUGACACCGGCACUGGAAACUCACUGGAAUAAACCCUGAACUGAGCGCUGCCUCAGACACGGAUCCCUUCGUUCUGCCCGCUCUCCUUCCCCGGAGAGAAUCUGCCACCAGUACCUUCCGCUCAGGAGUGUAUCUGUGCAGUAAAAUAAAACAAGCUGUUCCCUGC